AUGAAUCCUGAACCAGCGUCACCGCCUGCGGCGCCUCCUGCUGCGCUUCCGACUGCGACUCAAUCCUCGGUACGGGUCCCCGUAGCUUCUCCAGCUCACGCCGAGCCUUCGGAGGAGUUGACCGUGGAUUCGCUGCGCGAUCUUCUUGCUGAGUCGGCUGACGCAACGGUAGACUCCCUGAGGACUGCUUUCUUUCCGUACUUGACGUUGAUGGCACGGCACCAAGUCCAGCUCAACAUCUCGCCUCCUCUUCAGGGCGACGUUCGUACCCAGUGUCGUUUCAAUGACGCGCUCGGCUUCGACCAAGCGCUAGCGGCGGUUCAACCUCUCUCCGACACAUUGCCGGAUCUUUUUAAUGCAGUCGGUGAGCUCACCGCUCAACUCGAGAUUUCCCGAGAGGAAGCUGCUGCUGCUAAGCGUCUACCGGUUCUUGUCCAGCUUCGAGUUGACUCUCUAAAACCUCUCCUCAACACGUCGACGGCUGAGUUGAACGGGCUUCAAGCGGAAAUCAAGCGCCUCAAGUCAGCGAACGUUUACAUUGGUUCCCUUCUCGAAAAGAGUAAGGAAUCGAUGGAUGUUCAGACAGAGAACCUUCGUCUCACCAUGAACUACGCCGAGCAGAAGCAGGAUAUCAUCGACGCCUUGGACAAGCAGAUUGAGAGGGUGCGCGAGAUCUAUAAGACGACGGUCAGUGCGAACACUGAAAACACUCGCAAGCUCCAUGAUAUGCUGCUCAAGGCCACUCAGGGUACAUGGGUCGAUGCUGACACUGCUGCGCUGAUCGCCGAUCUGAAAGACCGCAAUUUGCGCUUACUUCGCGUCAAUCGCGCUUUCCGAGGGUUCGUUAGCUUUGCCGGCCUGGACCCCAACACUCUUGCUCUCGCCAUUCAAGGUCUUCGAGUUGCCGAGGUUGACCUUUCGACACUCCGCCUUGAUGAAGACACGUUCCUCGCUCUUCCGCGAUUCCAACAAGAGGCGGGUGACCAAGAAGAUCCGCUCGCCCUUGCUGAAGCUUCGGCCAAGACUGCUCAACAAGUUCAGAGCUGUGCUUCCAAGCGUAGUCGUCAUGGAAGUGACGACGGCAGCUCCGGUGAUUCAUCUGAAGCGAAGACCCCAAUUCCGUCUGGUCGAGCUAGCAGAGCAGGGUCAGCAGCUGAUGCUGGCGAAGGAUCGCCUGCGGCUGCUUCAAGCUCAACACCCAGUCGCCGAGGUCAUCAUAUACCCAAGGCUGGGAAGAACAAGCCGAAGUCUAAGCGUCAGAAGACUGCGUCGCGCUCACCUGCUUCCGUUCGUUCACGAUCCAGCCAGGCUUCUCGCCGCUUGACAUCUCGGCCGCCUGCGCGUUCGCCCUCAGUGGCCCAUGCCAAAUCGCCCGUGAGUCACCCAAGGUCUCGUUCGCAUUCGGUGUCAAGUCGUCCGACCGAGUCUAAGUCUCCCGCAUCUCCAACGUCCGUUCCUGCUACAUCUCCCAAGGCUGAGCCGUUGAAGGACGAUCAACCUCCGGCGGUCGUGGACUUAACGCGAGAUGUGAAUGACGAGGACUUGGAAGAGGAACCGGUUGCGAUCCCAACGAACUCUGAGGGUACGGAGGUGACUCGCCAAGCGUCGCCGACUCCUCCGGCAGCUCCCCAGCGCAGUAACGUGGCUUCUCCACCGUCGCGCGCUCCUUCGCCACUAGCUGAUGCCUCCCCCGAGCUCUUACCCCUUACAAGCUCGAGAUGCAGUUACUAUUUGGAUCCUACGAUGAUGAGGAUGCUCCAAGGGGAUCGAAGGCGCGUCGUAAACCUGAGGGGCUGA